AACUGAACCCAGACAACGAGAGGGUUAAGGAGAAAGUUAAAGACGAACAGCAGGGAGCCGAAAACGCCCAAGAUUUUAUAAAGCAUUUCUUCUUGUUCUGUGGACAAAAGGACGUCAAAAAAAUACCUGAGGACAUCUGCUUCGAACUCGAACGCCUGCUAGGGCCUUCCGAAAGCUGCGAAACAGUCUGCGAAGAACUACGAAAGAGUGUGAAGGAAUGGAAAGUUGAAAAAAAGUGUAGCGACCCCGAUGCCCUAACCAGCAGCUGGACCAGGUGGCUAGACAUUGUACGCCAACACAUACAGACCAAUGUCACUGAGUGUCGCGGCUUGGUUACGAGACUUAAGUUCCACAAUGUGGAAACUGUUCGGCAGUACAUGGAGAGGGCUAACCCCGCCUACGUGAGGCCCUUGUCAGCCGACACAAUGGCUUUGACAGUCACUAAGAUCAGCCAUGCUAUACGCCCGGAAACGCACAUCCUGGUGAAUCUCAAUCGAUUCAAGGAGUCACAGCAGAGUGUCCUUCGACUUUGGGGACCGUUUUGCAGAUGGCUGGUCCUUGUGGACGACGAUCCAGAGGAAGGUGGACAGUUCUCUAACCUGCUUAGCAAGGUGAGACGGCAGCUAGAAGGUGACCAUCGUCUGAUUGUUGUGUCAAUGAGAGAAGAGGCAUCUUUCCAGGACUCAUUCCGGUGUGGUGACGUCAGUGAUGAGAGCUGGGACGAUCUCCUGCUUACAAAAAUCAGGCUCAAUGGGGCUAAGCGGAAAUGCCAGCUAGAUGAGCUCGUAUCCAGUAGAGCAGAGCUCCAGAACCUGCUAAAACACAGGCUGCCCUGCUUGGUUGCCCUCGCCAAGGACUCAGGCUAUGUGAAGCUGGGCCAAACAAUGGAUCCUCUACCAGCCAACUAUGUGCCACAGCAGUUGGUUACAAGACGGUAUGUGAAGGACGAAUUCUUCUCGUCUCUGGCUGUAAGAGAUGUAUGCAUUAUGGAUAAUAGUACUUAUAGCAUAUUUACUGACAAACUGAGCCACCUUAUGAAGCAUUACAAAGAGUGCAGCUUUGAGGAAUUGGAGGAGUACCUUGCUGCACCUACUUUAAUGCCCAUUUUGGCUAAAGUUGAAAGGACUGAUAUUAUCACUCCUGAGGAGAUACGCAGAAAAUACAAAGGACUACAUGUGUAUGUAGUAAAGCACAAUGAACGUGGGUGGAAUGUACAGAACUUUCUUGCUGGAAGUGGUAGGAUUCGACGCUAUGCCAGAGAACAGAAAUUACAGUUUCUGGAGGCACUGGAUUCCAGCAACAACAUGUUAAUUGUGGAAGGAAGACCUGGAGUUGGUAAGUCAGCCAUGCUGCUGUAUCUGGCUAGAGAAGUGAAACAGAAUAACCCAAGCAGCUGGGUCGUGCAGAUAAAUCUGAGAGAAUGUUACGAGAAGUUUGAGAAGCAUAUGAGUGCUGAGGAAGUCAGGCAACUUCUCCUGCAGAGUGUGGUGACCAAUGAAGGGGAACUGGCUGAGCUGGAGAUCGGCUUGCUCCAGCACUGUCUUCAGAAUUACAAAAACAUGGUGUGUCUGGUGGACAGCUUCGAGGAAGUGUGUCCAGACUACGCAGAGAAGUUUAUUCAGGCUCUGAGGCUGCUCUCACCUCGUCAAGGGAAGCUGGUGGUGACGACGCGGCCGGCCGCUGCAAGGUUGCUAGAGGAUCAUCUGGGAUCGCUGGCACACUCGCUACCUGCCUUCAGUGACAGCCAACUCCAGAAAUACUUUGACCAGUUCCGAUAUAGGGCGCCCAGAAUGCGAAUCGAUACCCUCACAAAGCCACUCAACAAUCUGCUCCGAAUCCCACAGUUGGCUGAAAUAUACAUGGAGCUGGUGGACGCUGGAUCAUAUGAUAUCGUGACUUUGUGUGAAGCCUUUUUCUACAAUAAGCUUAGAAAACUGAACAAGGAACAAUUUGGGGGUAACCUGUCUGAUGCUGAAGAGAGAGAGGAAUUGGAAAACAUAUGGAGGUUCCUCGAGGCCGAGCUCAAGCGUUUAGCACGCUUACUUCUGGAGCGAAAUGAGGAAAUCUCGUUGCAACAAAAGUGGCCGCCUGUCUAUGAUAUCUCUGUGAAAGCUGGAAUAGUGCGUCGAGUCACUGGAGAAAUGCCACUGUUCGUUCACAGGUCUUUCGGCGAAUAUUUUCUCGCCAAGUGGUAUUUCUCAGAUGUCAGCCAAAAUGCGUGUGCAACAGUUUACCGUAGUGCACAUUCAGGGAGGAGCCUUGAGUUUUUCCUGGAAGUCUUUGAUCGCAUGGUGAGUCGGGGGUGCCACCUGCUGAGCGCAGUGCUGGAUGGUGAUGAGAGAAGAGUGAGGGCCCUGCUUCGAGACCCUGAGGGACUGGCAGAGAGAGACACGUGCGGUCGCAAUGCACUUCACCUGGCAGCCGCCCAGGGGGUCGAGUCGUCGCUGCUGCGGCUCUUGUGCGAGCACAUGACGUCCGCCCUGACAGAGGAGGAUAGACUCAUGCACUGGACACCAUUGCAGUACGCAGCCAAAAGAGGCCACUGGGGGGCAGUGGAGGUGCUGCUACAGGCUGGCGCCAACCUCAGCCAACUGGGCAACAUUCAGGAUGCUGUGUCUCUGCUCCUGCUGAAGAGCGGCUUGAGGGUCAGUGCUGUUGUACAGGAUUUGCUUGUGAGAAUUGCAGAAAAAUACGGUCAUUCGAAGGUGCUGAAUAUGCUCUGGAAUAUCUACAGUGGCCCAGAAAGAAGAAGUGCGGAUGUGGACAAUGAGGCCUCUGAGGAUACCAAAGAUCACAAGAGCAAGUCUCGGAGAAGAAGGACAGAACUGCACAGUGCAAUACAGAAUGGAGACGAAGAGAAAGCCAGAAAGCUCAUACGUGCAGGUACAGAUCUCGAAGUCCAGGACGAAAAUGGAGAGAGUGCUCUGCAUUACGGAGCGAAAGCUGGAGUCUGGAACGUGGUGAAGCUACUCAUUGAGGCUGGUGCGUCUCUGGAGGCCCGAGAUGACGGUGGACGGACAGCUCUGCACUGUGCCGCGCGCCAGGGCAGUGGGGUAUGUGCUCGGCUGCUGGUAAGCGCCGGCGCAGAGCUGGACGUUCGGGACCACACCGGCGCGACACCACUGCACACUGCGGCGGAAGCAGAUGCUGACGAGGUCGCCAGAGCGCUCACUCAAGCUGGUGCAGACCUCAAGGCGCGCGACAACGAUGGAAUGUCACCGCUGCACUACGCUGCGCUCCAGGGAAGCGUCAAAUGCGCUCGGUUGCUCGUUCGCAAAGGUGCGAGUGUACACAGGCAGGACAGGUUUGGUGCAACUCCUCUUCACUACGCAGGGGGAGGAAAGGUCGCGGAUGUGGUCAACAUACUGCUCGAGGCCGGGGCGCGACUGCAUCUUCGCGACGAAGACGGAAUGACGGCCUUGCACUAUGCUGCGGACAAGGGCAGCGCAAAAUGCGUUUGGUUGCUCGUUAGUAGCGGUGCAGCCGUGAACGAGCAAGACAACUUCGGCAAGACACCCCUCCAUUACGCGGUAAAAGCGAAUGCGGCAGGCGUCGCCAAGUUACUUAUCGAUGUUGGAGCGUCUCUGAAGGUACGCGACACACACGGUAAGACGGCGUUACACUAUGCGGCACAUAAAGGUGGGGCAGAAUGCGCUUCGGUGCUGGUCAGUGCAGGAGCAGAUGUGAACGUGCGCGACACAGCUGGCGCCACCCCUCUGCACUAUGCGGCAGAGGAAAACGCCACGGCCGUCAUCGAGCUGCUGGUUCAGUCCGGCGCCCGUCCGCACAGCCGCAAUGAGCACGGUGUAACAGCUUUGCACUAUGCUGCGUCUCGGGGCAGCGCAAAAGAUGCCCGGCUGCUUAUCAGAGACAUCGUACACGUGAAUGCGCCAGACAAGGAUGGCGCAACGCCUUUGCACUAUGCUGCACGUGCCGGUAAUACCGACUGCGCUUCACUCCUCGUCCGCGCCGGCGCGGACAUUCGCAUCCAGGACGCAGGCGGCCUGACAGCCCUUCACUAUGCAGCGCGUGCACCUAACCCACAAUGCAUUUUGUUCCUCAUACGGGUUGGAUCGAAUGUGGAUGUACGAGACAAGAAGGGCGCAACGGCACUCCACUAUGCAGCCAUGUCAGACAAGGCGAUUUCUCUCAGCAAGGAUGGACCAAUUGACGGUGCGGCGGAAUGUAUCAAGUUGUUGCUGGCAUCGCGCGCAUACUCGGGCACCAGAGACGAGCAAGGGAAAACCGCGCUGCACUACGCCGUGUCUGCCAGGAAUCUGGCUUGCGUGGCGCUUCUCAUAGAUGCUGGCUGUGAUGCGCUGGCCACAGACAAAAGUGGCGAUGCACCGCUGAACUGUGCUGUACGAGCAGACAACUCAAUAUGCUUCACUCUGCUGCUACGUUCUCUUGCCACAAAUUCGACGUCUUGGAGAUAGAAGUGGGUAAUAAGUAGAGCCCGGAUUUUAUGUUCGAGAGUGAUUUGAUAAACCUGGUAAAAAGGCAAGAAAAAAUGUUUGUGUCGUAACCGACUUAUCUUCCUUCUCCUUUGAGGGGUAUUACACUUGGUCCAUCGAUCCUCCACCUUUCUCAUCCCAUCGGAAAAAUAGGUUCUAGUGUGUUGGCAGAAGAGCCAACACCGUGUUACUAAGGGAGGCCGAAAUGCAUGCGUUUUAGCUCACGCAGGCUGGCGUGAGGAGGGAAGAACUAUACUGACGUGAGGUCUGGAACAUGACAAGGAAUGAGUAUUCAGAAAGCGGACGUAAUUAGUUUGAGACUUAACUUUAAUCCAUUAAUAUUGAACGACGCUCUUGACAGUACAUGAUUCACAAUUUUGUCUGUUCAGAAUUCAUUCUAAUUUCUGAAUAUGGCGCCCUGCUAGGUCGUAGCAAAUGACGUAGCUGAAGGCUAUACUAAACUGUCGUCUCUGCAAAUGAGAGCGUAUGUAAUCAUGAACCAUCGCUAGCAAAGUCGGCUGUACAACUGGGCGAGUGCUAGGGAGUCUCUAGACUAGACCUGCCGUGUGGCGGCGCUCGGUCUGCAAUCACUGACAGUGGCGACACGCGGGUCCGACGGAUACUAACGAACCGCGGCCGAUUUAAAGGAUACCACCUAGCAAGUGUGGUGUCUGGUGGUGACACCACAUUUUCUGUCAAACUCUGCAAAAUACUCGUUGACGAUAAUUUCUUCCCAGCAAGCCAAAGUUUCAAGUUAGGGACCAGUAGGAAAUCGCUUGGAGCUAAGUCUGGUGAGCAGGGUCGAUGAGCAACCAACUGAAAGCCCAGUUAAUGCCCUUUCCUCAUCGUCAUCGCUGAUGUGUGGGAUGGAGCAUUAUCUUCGUGAAAGACCACUUUUUUGCGUGCCAAAAUCGUUCAAAUGGCUCUGAGCACUAUGGGACUUAACAUCUGAGGUCAUCAGUCCCCUAGAACUUAGAGCUACUUCAGUCUAACUAACCUAAGGACAUCACACUCAUCCAUGCCCGAGGCAGGAUUCGAACCUGCGACCGUAGCGGUCGCGCGGUUCCAGACUGAAGCGCCUAGAACCGCUCGGCCACACAGGCCGGCUUUGCGUGCCAACCUUGACAUUUUUUUCAGCAAGCACAAGUUUCAAACGAUCCAACAAUGAAGCAUAAUAGGGUCCAGUUAUGGUUCUGCCUUCUUCCAAAUGGUCUAUGAGUGUUGUUUCCUGAGAAUCCCAUCACCUCACCACCUGACAAAAUUGUCUUUGCCUUCUUUAGUGCGCUUGCACCAGCCUUUGUCCAUUGCUUUGACUGCCAUUUCGACUCUGGUGUGAAAUGGUGGAUCCCGCUUUCAAUAACAGUGACCAAUCGGCGAAAAAAAUCUUACUUACUGGUAUUAAAAAUAGUCAGACAUUGUGUUGAAAUAAUGUGCUGGAUACGCUUUUAGUGGACUGUGCCCAACCGCUGCACCCACCUCGCGCACAGCUUCUUCACAGCCACUCCUCCGCGCAGGCUAUUACGCACUUGCUCAGUGGAGAUACCUACAGUCUCAGCAAUCUCACGAACUUUUAUCCGGCGCUCUUGCAUUACCACAUCAUGGAUUUUGUCCAUGAGUUCCUUUGUGGUGACCUCAGUUGAACAGCGUCUUUCGUCUUUGGUGCUCGUCCGACCACGUUUAAGUUCAUAAAUCCAAAAGUAAAUGGUCUUCGAUGAUGGUGUGGAGGUCGCGCGAACUUUAGCCAGUUCUAUUUUGAUUUGUACAGCAGUCAAGCCCUUCAAAUGAAAAUGUUUAUAACAGCAUAAAACUCGGUUUUCUCCAUUUUCAGUCGCAGUCGACUCACUGACCAAUUCAUAUGGCUGCCAACAACGAACUGUGCACUGUACAUUGUUGAAAUUCUUUAUACGAUCCUUGGAAAUACCAAGCUUAUCAACCAUUAAGGUGCAACAACAAUGUUCCGUUUUUUCAUGGGAAUUUAUCAAUCACACCACCUUUGAAGUAUCAAAUUAAGUAUUAUGUAGUAAACGUGUAUUUAAAAUUUGUGAAAUAUGUAA